AUGGGAGCACGAUUGUUGCAAUAUUUCUGUGCUGAAACAAACAUCUGUUCGUCAAAUGCAACAUUGUGGAGUGAUUCUCAAGUUGUCUUAGAGUGGAUACGCAAUGACCCCAACAAAUGGAAAACUUUUGUUAGCAACAGAGUAACAGAAAUUAUUUCCUAUACCAAUCCUUCACAAUGGAGACAUUGCCCUGGCAAAGACAAUCCAGCUGACAAACUUUCUCGAGGUGUUUCAUUUCUUUGUAGUUUACUGAAAAAUCCAGUUGGAAAAGAAAAACCUCUACAGCUUAAAAUUCUCCUCGAACCAUUACGUGAAGGGCUGCUGACACGCGAAGGUGAGAAAUGGCGUAGAAGACGUGUCUUACUCAACCCGGCUUUCCAUACGAGAAUUUUACAAAAUUAUAUAUCAGCAUUUAAUGAACAGGCUGAAGUUCUUGUUGAGAAAAUGAAGAAAUUAGUUGACUAUCCAUGGGUGGACAUGAUGCCUUUGCUGACAGUGACGUCAUUAUAUAUCAUAUGCCAAACAGCAAUGGGAAUCAGGAUGAACAUCAGAGAGGAUGAUUGCGACAUUAAAGCUUUCGUGAGAGUUAGUGAAGAAAUUAAAACAAUUUCGAUGCUUCGGAUCUUGAAACCAUGGACACGAUACGGGCCGCUGUUUAACCUUUUGCCAGUGGGAAGAAAAUAUCGGAAAGCUUGUGAUGUUCUGCGUAAUUUCAGUAAAAAGGUGAUCAAAGAAAAGAUGGAAUCCUUUUUGGCACAGAAAGAAAACAAUUCUGACGUAUUUGAGAAGAAAGAAGAAAACAAUAUUUCGAGAAAGGAACUAAAAGUGUUUCUGGACCUUCUUCUAGGCUACCAUAUGACUGAUCCGUCAUUCUCGUUAAAAGACGUGCAAGAUGAAGUGCUUACAUUUAUAUCUGCAGGACAUGAAACUGUAUCCUGUGCCCUCAACUGGACAAUCUACAUGUUAGGUCUAUUACCCGAUGUUCAAGAAAAUGUUUUUCAAGAGCUGAAGUGCAUACUUGGGGAUGACUUGCAACGUCUGAUUUGCUACGAGGACAUUAAGGACAUGAAGUAUUUAGAUAAAGUCAUCAAG